AUGCGGCCGGGGCCCGCGCUCCUCCUCCUGGGCCUGGGCCUGGGCCUGGGCCGCCUCCCUGCGCCCUCGGCUGCCGGCGGGGCCCGGGCCGCCGUCCCCAGGGGGCCCGCCGCGCUGCCGGGCGGCCUCCGCGGCCCGGGCGCCGCCCUGGCUCGCCGCCCCCCGCCCGAGGCCCGGGCCCGCAUCUGGGUGCGCGGCACCCGCCUCAACCUGCGGCCCCGCGCGGCCCCGGGGGGCGGCGUGGUCCUGAGCGGCGGCCGCAGCCUCUGCCUCUCUGACCGCCCCGCGCAGCGGCGCCGCCGGUCCUGCCUGCACGUGCACGUCCUGCUCCGCGCCGGCCGAGCCGCCAGCAGCGCCACCGCGCCCACCCACGUGGACCUGCACCUGUCCGCCGCCGGGCGCCGGCUCUCCCUGCUGUGGUUCACCCCGCUGCUGCACUCGCCUGGGCGUCUGCAAUGGACCUUCCGUCUCUGGCCCGUCGGACCCGGGGUUGCCUCCUCCUCCUCUCGCGUGUCGCCCCGCUCCAUUCUGCCCGGAGACCCUCACCCCUACAUGGGCUUCGUGGCCCAAACCAAGUGUCCUACAGAUGGGCCCACCCUUGUUGUUUUAAAAGCUGUCAACUCAAACAGCUCCCAAGACGUCGAGUCUUCAGUGUCCUGUCAGUUACCAUCACAGGUGCCCUGCGUUAUCACCCUGGUAAGGAUCAAUAGGGAUAAAGACGGUUCUCCCGUGACGCUGACCAGGAAGAUGGAAGCCACUAUCAAUGCCACCAUUCAGUUUGACUGCCCGCUGGCCCUAAGCAUCACUCAGCGUUGGAAAAUCUAUUCCGUGCCCUCUGUAUCUGACGUGCCAGACUGGACUAAACCUUUGGAUGUACCAGAACUCAAAUUAGGGAAAAUGCCAUCAAUUAUGCAUAUCCCCCCGAAUUCUUUAUCUUGGGGCGUAUAUCUGUUUAAUUACACAUUGUCCCUCAAAAUAAGGGAUCCCAAGAACUCUCCAGUACAAGAAUCAGAUUCUAUCUAUGUCACCAUUGUUAGAAGUCCCCUGAAGGCGGAUAUUCUUGGGGAUUCCGAUAUAACAGUUGGUUUCACAGAUGGGCUGAUUCUGAAUGGAACAACGUCCUCUGAUCCAGAUGCAAACAACCCUUUAGAGGGAAUCCAAUUUUUUUGGUACUGUACCACAAAUCCAAGAAACUACCAGACAGAUAAAAUAAUAGUGAUGAGCAAGGACGUUUGUCUCCCAGAGCAGACUGAUCUGAAGUGGACGUCGGCCUCUGGCUCUGUACUAACACUUCUGCCAGAAACCCUUAAAGGUGACCAGGUGUAUUUUUUCAGAAUGAUGAUACAGAAGAGUGGCAGAACAGCAUUUGCUGAUAAAAGGGUACAUGUGCUCCAAGGACCAACACCUACAGCAAACAUUGCGUGUAUUGAAAAUUGUGAUACGGUUUUGACUAUAUCAGAUAGAUUUUCUUUGUCUCUAACUUGCACAAAUUGUGCAAUGACCCGUGAUAUCUAUAAAUGGUCCAUUCUGUUGCCUUCAGGUGAUGAGAUGCUAUUUGAUUGGACGGGGCAAACUACGACAGGGAGAAAUGGUGCUUAUUUAUCUGUAAAAGCAUUUGCUUUUAAGAAUUUUUUAGAAGCUAAGUUUUGGAUUUCUCUAUCUUUAGAGACUUGGAGUGGUGUGAACUUGCUCUUGAGGCAUCCCUUUAUUAUUAACCAUGUCCCUGAAAUCGGAGAAUGCAAAAUUAACCCAGCUAACGGAAUUGCAUUUUUUACUAAGUUUGUUGUCCAAUGUAGUAAUUUUAAGGAUAAGAACAUGCCUCUUACAUAUAAAAUAAUAGUUUCUGAUUUGCAUGGUUUGGGUGAAAUCAGUUCUUUGAAAGAGAAUACCUUCGGAGCCAUCCUGUAUUUGGGAAAUGACCCCACAUCACCCCCUUCUUUUCUCCCUGUUGGUGUGUUGGCUAAUCAUUAUGCCUUGAAGAUGUAUGCUCAGGUAUAUGACUCUCUAGGAGCUUUUUCUCAGGUGACUUUUGACGCCACUGCACAGGCUCCUACUAAUAAAAACUCGUCAAGUUCUGUGCUGCAUCGGUUACUCAAUUUCACCAUGGGACCAAAUUCACCACUAUCAACCUUGCUUGGAAAGCAGGAUUUUUUACCUGCCGGUUAUUUAAUGUAUAUAGCAGCUUCCAUUUUGAAUAGCAUGAAAACCGAAUUAACUCUGCACGAUGACAAAACCAAACUCCGAGAACACCUGGUCAAUCAGUCCUUCAUUCUUCCAGUAAGCACUUUGGUAGAAAUUAGCCAGCUAGUCACGGCUAUAACUAAAUUAACCCAGAAAGCCUCUGAAUUCACUAGAGUUGCUCGGAAACUUGUCACCGUGAGGCUUUGGCAAGCCAAUCAAGCCCUACAACAGUAUCAACAAAAAGAUAAACACUUACGCUCUGAACAAAUAGAAAUCGUGAGCACAGGAAUAUUAACAAGUUUGUCUAAUAUCUUUAAACUGACUGCUCGUCACGAAGUUUUUGAAGACCCUUUCUACAUAGUAGAAUCUCUAGCGGACACAAUAUUGGCUGGUAAAGUGCCAGGGAAUGAGAUCACUGUAAUGAAGAGCUCCAGCUUUAACAUGUAUCUCAAGAAAACUGAAAAGUCGGAUGUUACCAAGGACUUCAGCAAUGAGAAACACUGUCGAAAUUGUUUUUAUCCCUCACUAAACGUGAGCAGCAUUCCCAGUUUGGCUGCUAAUGCUCCGAUUUCUACAAUGUUUUGUGAGUUUUCAGAUGACCCCUUUCCUUGGUUAAAUUAUCAAGAAAACGUUUUGGCAGAAGUGGUUGGAUUCAGACUGACGGGAACUGCAGCUGACGGUGACGUGGUAGAGAUCACACCUGAUGUAGCGGAAGUGUAUCUCGUCAGGAAAAACUUGAGCUUUGCGACAUUUAAUCUCACAGUGGGACCCAGCAAUGACUCAUCGGUUGAUGAGUCGAUGAAAAAGACAACAGGGGGGUUUAGCUUUGAAGUGGACAGCGGAGCAGUGAAGGAGGUGUUGGUCCACAUUGUGACGGAAGUGACUGUGUUGUUCACAGUGUUGGUGUAUGCCGGCAGUCAGGUUGUCCCCACUGCUCUCGUUGCCACCUUCCUCGUGCCCCAUGACAUCCCUCCAAUUGCCAACCAGAGUGACCUGUUUGACCCGGCCUGUACGGUUAAGGGGGCCCGUGUGGUUUGCCUCCCACCGUCCCUGCUGCAAGUCAUAGCUCAGCGAAGCCGAUCAUCUGAGUGUACCAUAACCGUGGUUCUGCAGGCACCUCGUUUUGUCAUGAAGCCCAGUGACAAGAUAGUGAGAAUUUCCCUCUUCAGUGUUCACUGCUUGGACAUGUAUGGGAUCCAGAGUGACUGGAGAGAAGAUACCUGCGUUCUUGGAGAGAAGACCACCUGGCACAAAGUACACUGUAUCUGCAAGCACGGAGGGAGGGCCAGGCGGCAGCUGGACACAAUAAAGCUAGCCCACAUUCACCUGCGUACCCACUAUUUGACGGCCAAGGUGAUUGUGGUACCAAAUCCUGUGGACCUACGGUUAGAGGUCAUCAAGAACAUUACCCACAACCCUGUGACCCUCUUUGUUGUUCUUUUCAUUAUGUUCCUAUACAUAGUCCUCGCUUUCUGGGCCAUGCACAGAGAUGAAAUGGACCCGUUUCUUCGGGACCAUGUGAUAGUUCUACCUGAUAAUGAUCCUUAUGAUAAGAUAUGUUACCUAAUCACUAUUUUUACAGGAAGCCGUUGUGGGUCUGGGACCAGGGCCAAUGUCUUUGUCCAACUUAGGGGGACAGAAAGUACCAGCGAUGUGCAUUGUUUAAGCCACCCGCAGUUUACAACUCUCUACCGAGGAAGCAUCAACACUUUCCUCCUGACGACAAAAAGUGACUUGGGGGACAUCCAUUCCAUUCGUGUGUGGCACAACAACGAGGGCAAAUCCCCCAGUUGGUAUUUAAGUAGAAUCAAGGUGGAAAAUCUGUUCAGCAGACACAUCUGGCUGUUCGUCUGCCGGCAAUGGCUUUCUGCUGACACCUCUUUGGACAGAACGUUUCAUGUUACCCACCCAGAUGAGCCUCUAAGCAGAAAGGACUUUUUCCUGAUAGAUGCAAGUUAUAAGUUGGGGAAGAAUCACAUGUGGUUCUCUAUUUUUUCUGGUGUCGUUGCUAAACCAUUCAGUAGGCUUCAGAGAUUGUCCUGUUGUUUAGCAAUGCUGUUGUCCUCCCUUCUGUGUAAUAUUAUGUUCUUUAAUCUAAAUAAACAACAAACUGAGGCAGAAGGGGGGCAAUAUGUCAGAUCAAUGAUGAUAGGACUGGAAAGUGUCUUAAUUACCAUCCCUGUGCAAGUGAUGAUCACGUUUCUGUUCACCUAUUCCCAGAGGAAACCUCGAGUGACUCUAGAUGAGGUGUCGCCUCAGAAGCAUCCCGUGGUGUCAGCAGCAAGUGAACACUGGCAAGAAUGUUUGGAAAAGUGGCAUGCCCAUGAAACUGCUGAGCCGCAGACCCAGGAGGCGGAAAAGCUUCCAUCGAGGAAAAAUACUGGACUUCCUAAGGCUUCUGUCAAGGCAGCCUCUAAAACAAGGCACCAGCUUAAGAAAGCAGAAAGCAAGUUCUCACACAGCCACAGAACAAACAUAAAUGCCAAUAACGCAAACAUGAAAGACAAUCCAGAUGUUCCUUCUGGAGAGCCCUCUUCCCAGCCAGAUCCUGCGCCCCUCAAAAAGCCCAGGAUUGUUCUGCCUUGGUGGUGUGUUUACAUAGCCUGGUUCCUGGUUUUUGCCACUUCUAGCAUAUCCUCAUUCUUUAUUGUAUUUUAUGGACUGACUUACGGCUAUGAAAAGUCAAUAGAGUGGCUCUUUGCAUCAUUUUGUUCGUUCUGUCAGUCAGUUUUUCUGGUGCAGCCAGCUAAAAUUAUAGUCUUGUCAGGCUUAAGAACAGGUAGGCUUAAGUACUGUAAAAACCUGUCGUGGGUGAGCAAGUAUCGUUAUACUGAGAUCAAGCUGCACAGCGAGCGGCUGCAGCCCGGUGAGAAGCACAAGCAACAGCAGCGCAUCAUCCAGAUCCGAGGCACGAGGAUGUACCAGCCCCUCACAGAGGAUGAAAUCAGAAUAUUCAAAAGAAAGAAGAGGCUCAAGAGAAGAGCUUUCCUGUUCCUGAGUUACCUUCUAACCCACUUUAUCUUUCUAGCCCUUCUGUUGAGCCUUGUCGCCCUCCUACACCACACCGACUGCUUUUACUAUAAUCAGUUUAUUCGUGAUCAGUUUUCUGUGGAUCUGGCCACGGUGACCAAGCUGGAGGACAUCUACCAGUGGUUGAACAGCGUGCUGCCGCCUUUGUUCCACAACGACCUGAAUCCAACGUUUCUUCCUGACAGCUCCUCUAAGAUCCUUGGCCUUCCAAUGAUGAGGCAAGUAAGGGCAAAACCUGGUGAAAGGACUUGUCCGCCUGCCAAAAACUUUGUGCAAAACAGCAUGGAAAGAGAAAUUCACUGUCAUCCCAAAUAUGGCACUGACCCAGAAGACACAAAAGACUACUCUAACCUUUGGAAUAAAGUUGAUAAGCGGGCUAUAGACAAGAAUACAAAAGGGUUUACUUAUAAGCCUCCGGAAAAGAAAUGGAUGUAUUAUUCCUAUGGACUUUUACAUACCUAUGGAUCAGGAGGGUAUGCGUUCUAUUUUUUUCCAGAACAGCAGGAGUUUAAUUCCAUACUGAGGCUCAAGGAACUCCAAAGAAGCAAUUGGCUUGAUGAGAAGACAUGGGCUGUGAUUCUGGAACUGACGACUUUUAAUCCAGAUGUAAACCUGUUCUGUACCGUUUCAGUCGUAUUUGAGAUUUCUCAGUUAGGUGUUGUAAACACAAGCAUAUCUGUGCACUCUUUCUCACUUGCUAAUUUCAACGGAAAAACGUCAGCAGAAAUCUACUUGUAUGUGGCCAUUCUCAUUUUUUUUUUAGCCUACAUUUUGGAUGAGGGCUACAUCAUUAUGCAGGAAAGGGCCGCCUACAUGAGAAGUGUGUAUAAUUUGCUCAACUUUGCUUUAAAAUGCAUGUUUACUGUGUUAAUUGUGCUCUUUCUCAGGAAACACUUCUUAGCCACUGGCAUAAUUCAGUUUUACUUGUCAAACUCUGCGGAUUUCAUUCCCUUUCAUGCAAUUUCUCAAGUAGAUCAUAUGGUGAGGAUAAUUUUGGCUUUCCUGUUGUUUCUGACAAUUUUGAAGACCCUCAGGUAUUCCAGAUUCUUUUAUGAUGUGCGCCUGGCUCAGAGGGCCAUCCAGACCGCCCUUCCUGGCAUCUGCCACAUGGCGUUAGUGGUGUCCGUGUAUUUCUUUGUAUACGUGGCUUUCGGCUACCUGGUAUUUGGUCAGCAUGAAUGGAACUACUGUAACUUGAUUCAUGCCACUCAGACAAUAUUCUCCUAUUGUGUAUCAGCUUUUCAGAACACUGAAUUUUCUGAUAACAGAGUUCUUGGGGUCCUGUUCCUCUCAUCUUUUAUGCUGGUGAUGAUCUGCAUAUUGAUCAACUUAUUUCAGGCAGUGAUUUUGUCUGCCUAUGAGGACAUGAAGCAGCCUGUGUACGAGGAACCGUCGGAUGAAGCGGAAGCAAUGACCUAUCUGUGUCACAAGCUAAGAACUACAUUUGGCUUUCUGUCCUUCCAACCUAAGGCCAAAGAUGAACCUGAGUUCUUCGUCGACAUGCUGUACGGGCAGCCAGUGAAGACCAGCCACCGGUAUCUGGGGCUGAAGACCAGAAACAUUAAUGGGCAGAAAAUGGUUUAUCUCGUUGUGUGA